UGUUUGCAGAAUCUACCCAGGCUGGACUUGCAGCAGCCUGAUGAACCAGGGGACGGCCGCGCGCUGGCUCGAGACUGCAGCUCCCCCCAGGUUCCUGCAGUAUUGAGACAGUAGCAGGUUAGCCCGCCUCCAAAAUGAAGAAGACCCGGAGUACAACCUUACGGCGAGCCUGGCCUAGUUCCGAUUUCUCUGACCGGGCCUCGGACCGCAUGAGGUCCCGCAGUGAAAAGGACUAUCGUUUGCACAAACGCUUCCCACCAGCCUUUAUCUCCCAGGCAUCACGGGGCUACAUGACAUCAGGUGAUGUCUCUCCUAUCAGCAUGUCUCCUAUCAGUCAAUCUCAGUUUAUUCCACUUGGGGAAAUCCUUUGCUUGGCCAUCUCAGCAAUGAACUCUGCAAGAAAACCUGUCACACCUGAAGCAUUGAUGGAACACCUGACUACUUGUUUUCCAGGUGUUCCAACUCCAAGCCAAGAAAUCCUCCGGCACACGCUGAGCAUGCUGGUUCGUGAGAGGAAAAUCUACCCCACUCCAGAUGGCUAUUUUAUUGUGACCCCACAGACUUAUUUUAUUACUCCCUCCCUCAUAAGAACUAAUAGUAAAUGGUAUCAUUUGGAUGAGAGGAUACCUGACAGGACUCAGUGUACCUCUCCACAGCCAGGAACCAUCACACCCUCCACCUCGGGCUGUGUCAGGGACAGAACAUUACCCAAAAACCACUGCGACUCUUGUCAUUGUUGUAGAGAAGACAUGCACAGCAUGCAUGCAUCUACGCUGCAGAGGAAAGCCACCAAGGACUGCCCCCCUUCACUAUGCCAGUUGCCACCCACUGAAAAAAGUAAAAGUACUGUAAAUUUUUCUUAUAAGACAGAAACGCUUUCAAAACCUAAAGACAGUGAAAAACAGUCCAAAAAAUUUGGGCUGAAGUUGUUUAGGCUAAGUUUUAAGAAAGACAAGACAAAACAACUAACUAAUUUUUCUGCACAGUUUCCCCCAGAGGAAUGGCCUCUGAGAGACGAGGAGACACCCACUACAAUCCCCAGAGAGGUGGAAAUGGAGAUUAUCAGACGCAUUAACCCAGAUCUGACCGUAGAAAAUGUCAUGAGGCAUACUGCACUAAUGAAGAAACUUGAUGAAGAAAAAGCUCAGAGGAGCAAAACGGGGUCAUCCGCCCACCACAGCGGGAGGAGUAAGAAGAACAGGAACCAUCGGAAGACCCACGGCAAAGCUCGUUCCCAUAGCAAGACACGGGGGUCCAAAGGAGGGGAUCCUUCAGAGGGUUCUCAUCUUGAUAUCACGGCAGACAGAGACUAUGACCUGAACGAUCCCGUGACUCGGUCACCACGGGAAGGCUGCUUCAUUGUUGAACACAAAGGGGAUCAUUUCAUCACGCACAGCCACCCUAACAUGAUUGAGCCUCACUUUCCCAUGACCCCGGAAUGGGAUGUGUCUGGAGAACUGGCCAAGAGGAGGACUGAGAUGCCUUUUCCUGAGCCUUCCCGGGGAAGUUCUCACUCGAAGGUCCAUCGAAGUCACAGCCAUACCCAGGAUCGAAGGUCCAGGAAUGAAAGGUCCAAUAAAGCCAAGGAGAGAUCCAGGUCAAUGGAUAAUUCCAAAGGCCCUCUUGGUGCUGCUUCCUUAGGGAUGACCGAAGACAUGGCUGAAGCUUGUAGCCAAGAUGAUCCAACGCUCAGCCAAUCUUAUACUGACGAUAGUACUUUAAGACCUGCACAGACUGUCAGUCACCAAAGGGCUUACAUUGCAUCCACAAACUAUAAAGAGGUGUGUAUACCUGAAGUUGUCAGUGGCAGCAUUGACCCCCCCAGUUCUUGUAGCCUUUCGGAGCAAAGCAAACCUCUAGAGAGUUUGCCAUCCUAUAAUGAACUCAAUGCCUGUCCAACCACUUCCAUGGAUGACUAUUUUCAAUGUAACACCUCCAGCGAGACGGUCCUCACUGCUCCAUCACCUUUGGGAAAGAGCAAAGAUGAUCCUGAUACUCUGACCUUGACUGAUGGGAUGAAAAAGCUGACCUCUUCUGAGAGGCAGCCCCAGCACCCCACCAGAGAACCUGUGGUGCACAAAGAGGAGUCCCCAAAGGGCCAAGGAGGCUUGGAAGCAAUUUCUGGCCCAGUCACGGACCCCAUUGCCAAUGGACGACUGAUCCCCCAUCAUGGCACAGAGUCUAUCAGCCUAGAUAAGAUAUUCAGCAAAGACACGCUCUUCAAACCGCUCCAUAGCGCCCUGUCCAUGAACAGUUAUCACAAGCCAACCGUGUCCCUCCUGAAAGCUCACCCACAGUCAUCUCCUGAUGCUUUGCCAGGCCGCUGCGAGAUCUUGGAACAGUCCCUGGCAGCCUCCGUCGGCCAAGCCAUGCCCCUUUCCCAACGACAGCAGGAAGCCGGUGGAAACCAGGAAGCUUCCUUUGACUAUUACAAUGUCUCUGAUGAUGACGAUUCUGAGGAAGGGGCACACAAGAACACGGAGGAGGAGAAGAAUAGGGACGAUGUGGGGACCAUGCAGUGGCUGCUAGAGCGGGAAAAAGAAAGAGACCUACAGAGAAAAUUCGAAAAGAACCUCACUCUCCUUGCCCCAAAGGAAAAUGAUAGCAGCAGCAGCCAGAGGGCAACACAUUCUGCCCGGCUGGACAGCAUGGACAGUAGCAGCAUCACUGUGGACAGUGGAUUUAAUUCACCACGUACCCGUGAGAGCCUGGCUUCCAACACUUCCAGCAUUGUUGAAAGUAACCGUCGUCAAAACCCAACCCUGAGCCCCGCGCACAUGGGCGCUGCUCCAACAUUCAGCUUCCGCACAAGUACAGACCCCUCAGCAAAUGAAGCCGAGAAGUUGCCGAAACCCAAUUGCUUGCAAGCUUCUGUUACUAGUGUGUGAUAGUCAUUCUGCCUCCUCCAAUCUUCUGUCUCAUCCUGUAUGGCGAAGUUUACGACAUUGGGACUGAUGUUUACAUCUUUGGGAAGACAAGCAUCUCCACCACAGUUUUGGUGUUUACUUAAACUGUGCUGCUAAGUAGGCUAGGACAAAAAAACAAAAAACAAAAAAAAAAACAAAAAAAAAUCUUAAUUUCCAAGUAUUGUUUUUCACGUUUAUGGCUUUGUAGCAACAGACUAGCCCAGUAGAGGUAAUGUGUAUACUUUUGCUUAAUUGAUCAUAACUGAGCACAUAGGUCAGAGUCUAGCCACUGUAGGUGUUAGCUGCAUUUUUUGGUGUCACGCGGUUGCUAAUUCCAUUUACAAAUGCCACAGAUGUGUGGUAAUGCUCCUAGUCCAUGGUUGAACGGUGCCACAGAACUGAUCCUUCAUACUUGCCACCGCAGAAAGCAUAAAAUAAAAGGCACAGGUCACCUUGAGGAAACACAAUGGCCCAACCCUACUAGAAAGAAAGGACCUCAGCCCUUCUCUGUCUGUGAAUUAUUUAGACACCCAUCAUUUUCACUGUGAGUUCUCAUGACACACUUUUGGCAGGAGCCCUUGGAAGUGAGUCAGAAGGGAUUGUCUUCAGAUUAAUGGGUGUGUUUUGUUUUGUCUUGGUAAAUAUCAGAUGCUUGUCUGAUUCUUUCCUUUUCAUAACUACAAACAGGAAGAUAGGCCUUUGAAUUUGAAGUGGACAAAGGAAGGGGGAAUUACCAGCUUGGCUUAGCGAGAGCACUAAGUGAUGGAAGAGGUCAUGUGGAUUUUUUGUUUCUAAAUAUCAAAUCAUGUAUCUUAGGGAGGUCAUUUUAUUCUUGUGAUACUUAUGAUGUUCCUAGUUUAAUAUAAUAGAGGAAAUAACUAAUUUGUUUAAAUGAAAAGCAAUUUCUUUGUGAUACAAAUGAAGAGUAUGGCCUGAGGAGUUUAUUUCUUUCUAAUGGAAGGACAUAAUUCUAUUUUAUGGAGUUUUAAAUAGAAUGCCUAAAUUAGGCUGUGGGAAAUAAUCUUUAGUGGUUAUAUGGAAGAGCAAAUUUAGGGAGAGUUGAAAUUCAGGCCUUUGAUUCCUGGAAAGAUGUUUGUGGACAUAUGAAAAUAUGAUUUGAGUGGAAAUAGAAUUGUGCCCAUGUAAUGAAGAGCAGGAGGCCCUCAUUCUACAGGUGUGGCAUAUACAUAAUUUGUACUCCCCUAAAAUUUCCCAGAAUAAUUAUGCAUAUAUGAACUAUGCCAGAGUAAUGUUUACAGAUACAUUGUACCAACUUUCAGGAGUCACUCUUAGGUAGGCUUAUAGAUAUCAUUAGCCCAUAUUGUUCCCACAAAUGGUUUGUUAAUAUUUUGCUUUUGUUUCUAGUUUAAGGCAUUAAAGAUGCCUUUCCACAGCUUAGGGAUAAUUACCAAGAUAGCAAAUUUUCAGUCUCAAAAUAAGAUGGUAUUUGAAAAAUUCCUAGAUUUUUAUUGGAACGGCACAUGAAAUAUGUAGAUGACAAAAAAAUGAUUUAAAAAAAAAUGCAAUGUGAGAUGCCAGGCAGUGCUAUAUAACACUAUGAAGAUUCUCUUUGUGAUGGGUUCAUUUUGUUUUGUUUUUGGUCAGCCAGGUAUUAUAAAUGAAUUACACAUUUAACUGUAAAUGUAAACUGCAGUUUCAUCUCAGAUUUUGUUAGCAGGUAUAACAUUUUUUGAAUCCCCAGGAAUCACAGAAAUCUGUGCAGUCUUAUUAUAUUUUAAUGGUUGUUUGCAAUUUAUAGAUUCCCCUCCCCCAACCCCUCCAAAUUGCUUUAGAACUUGAAACACUUGGGGACUUUCUAAUUCCUUUGCAGAUAUUUCAGAGGCACAUGGGUCAAAUUCCUUAUUUUUGGUAUUGGGAAUUCCUUUUUAUGUUGCAAAUAGACAUUCCCUUGCAUUUCUGAGUAGACUCCUAAACCAGUGGGCCUUCACCCUCAUGCCUUAUUUCCUCUAUGGCAUGCCAUGUCUGCUCAGAAAUGCGUUGUUUGCCUCAUUGUUUAAAUAUGUGCAGAAGGAAAGAUAAUGUAUCUAAUAGACUCCAGAGUCCAUUUCUUUGGGGAAUUGUAUACCAUACGGUUACUAAAUUUUCCACAUAAAUUCAUUUUUAAAAAAACCCCACAUACUUUGAAGUUUAUAUCAUGCUAUUGUGAUUUCAUCUGAAAAUAACCACUAUAAAAAUCAGAUAGUAUAUGAACAGAAAAGGAAAAAUAUCACUUAUUUAAGAGAAACUUUUUAAAAUAAAAAUUUGUCAAGCGUUAGACAAGAAGUUAACAGUCUAGUGAAACCUAUACACUGCCAGAUAAAUGGUGUAUAUGAUUUCAAAAAACUCUCAUAGACCAGCAGUCAUUAGUAUUGAAAUUACAGACUUUUUAAAAAAUGGAAUGUAAACAGGAGUUUCAAAAAGAAACAUUCUCAUCUGUAUUUAAUUUUUACUCUUGGAAAAAUGGUAUCUUAAGGCUGUUCUGUCUUGAGGUUUUUGGUGACCAAAUGCUUGGGCCUCUCUCCAAGAGUUUCUGAUACCAUCAUACUCCUUCCAUGAGAUUAGAGCUUUCUGUUAUGGUUUCUUAUCUGGUCUUCUCUUUUUGUAUAUCGACUAAAAGGUUUACAGAACUGAGUUAGGUUGAAUCUCUCUGUGUGUUCAACUUUUAAAAGGUCAACACAUCUGUCAGUAUUUUGCACAUUUAAUAUGUAUUAUUAUAAUACAACAUAUUACUUUAUGGUAAUUUUUAUUUUCACAUAUAACUACCUCCAUGAAUUCAAUGAAAUGGCAGCAGUGUGUUCAAGGGUAUUAUAAAAAGCAAGGUUAAAAUUUUCUGAAGCAUCGGGUCACGAUAUUCUCUCUGUGUGUUGACACAUGUUUAAAGUCACUGUUUCCCUCCCACUUUCAUGAUUCCUUUUUUACUGUGUUUGGCUUUUCAGAUUCAGUCUUUGUAUUUCUCCUCAAGAAAGCUCACUUGGGUGUUUUUAGUUGUUCAUAUCAAGAGAACACUUAAAAUUUUUGUCUCUUUUCCCCAUCCCUGCUCAAUUUUUUUUUCCUGGUAGAUAGUUCGUAAGUGUGAUUUAGCAGGCUAUUUGCACUGAUUAGAGUUUUAGGUUUUCUAAGGCAAAGAAUACACACCAGAUAUUUGAACUGCCGACUUUGAAGCACUUUGGGCCCCAAUCUGCCUUCACUUGCAUGCUAACAUAUCAAGUCAAAUUUUCACUUUACUUGAGAGAGCUAUGUUGUACAUUCCAUUCUCACUAUCUGUCUCAUUCUCUCUGUUUCUCUCUCCCUUGCUCUCCCCCACUACCACUCUUCUUUCUCAGCUGUUCACUUUCUGUCUAGACCAUGCACAAUAUGCCAUUUUCUAUUCUGUGCACAUCUCAGGGUACCUUAAUGAGUAGAUUAAGAAGGGGGUGCCAUCCUAUCAAGACAUGAGCAAAAGAGCCAAAAUAGAGGUAGCUGGAGGAGGAAGGGAGAACAAAUCAUCAUAAAGUCCAGAAAUCAAAAGCUAAGCUGUACAUUAGCUGUUCUCAAAUCCUUCUUUUUCAUAACCAGCAUUUAAAAGAAUUUUUUUUCCAUAGACAGUACCAAGGGAGGGACUGUGAAUACCAUCCUCUUUCAGUUUGGCACAGCAAAUGUAAAAAGAAAAAGUCUACCUGGGGGGUAAACCACUUCUUACCACAAAGUGUACUUGAAAAUAAAGUUUUUAACUUAAAUCAUAUAAACAUUGCUCAAAGUAAUAACACUUUUCCUGAUGUGUCUCACAAAGGCAGCAUUUGGAGCCUACUAAAAAUAAUGAUUGACAAGAACACAGUUCCCCUUGGAUCUCAAAGUGCUUCCAAUGUAUCCAGAUUCACUAAUGCCAAACAAACAAAAAAUAGUGGGUGCUCUUUAUUAUAACACCUAUUUGGGAAAAAAAGAUCAGGUAGUGAGACUUGAGAUCAUCCUCAGGGGCAGCUAUUGAUUAUUGAUUAUGUCUUUUCUGUUGGAUUGAUAGGCCAUCGUGAGACGGAAUGAUUUUUUCCCCUCCCUAUAAAGGGAAUAAUAAAUGUCAAUUUAUUAUUGUUAAGUGUCAAUAAAGAGAAAAUAAAUAAUACUUUACAUUGUCCAUUUUUACUUAGAAAUUUCAGGGUUUUUUAUGAAUUUGAUAUCAUCCCCUCAGCUUAUAGAAUGUGAGGCAAAACUACAGACAAAUUAAUUGACACCCCUCCCCAAAUAUCCCACUUGAACUAAUGGUAGUUCUAGACAUACUCCCUCAUCUAUGAUUUUUAUAUUAAACUUCUGCAUCCUCUAUGCCACAAUGACAUUCUUCAGGAAUAAGGCUGUCUCGGCAGUAGAAGGUGCUCAAUAUACAUUAAUUAAAAACUUUAUCAAGUACUUUUUACAGGGCUGUUGGGCACAAAGGAGAAUCCGUACAAUCCAUUUGUGCCUAUUCUUUUGGAGGAUUUGGAUUACUGAAGGCACCUGGUCUUGUUAUCCUCAUCCUCUAAAAGAGGAGAUAUAAAAACAGCCUUAACAGCUACAUGCUCCUCAAAUUCCAAUUAACUAGUUGACAGAGCUGUCCAAUGUGCUAUCAUACUUGGGAGCACCCAGAGCACAGCAUUCCCUUUGUUGACCACGUCCAGUACCAUCUUGCCUGCUAACACAAAACAGCCUAUACCUACUCUUCUUCUGUCUGUAAGUGGCUCUUCUCUGCACGUUAGGUUUAGGGGAACCUAAAUAUAUUGAAAACACAUAUAUGGUUUUGAGAGACAUUACCUGGCUUUGGUUCAAUAAGGUGUUGGGCUGAAUAGAGAUGAAUAUCAAAUGCCUUUGCCGAGUGAAUAAAUAAAUACUUUCAACUGGCUGGGAACUGACGAUUGACAUUCCCCAUUCUUCUUCCUUAAGAAAGCUUUACAGUGUUAAGAAUGCAUUCAGUAUUCUUAUUUUUCUGGGAGAUUUUUAUUUAGGAGAUACUCCUUCAACUUUACACUUUUAAAAAAACUCCAUGGUUGAGUUCCACUUUUAUAGUUGAAUGAGGGACUGAAAUCUCCUAAGCCGAGUUGGUUGAAGUUGUCUUUUGCAGCAGCAUCCUGAUGGACAGAUGCCAUAGCUUUUCCAAAUAAUCUUGGGUCUCUACAAUGUCUGUAUAGAUUGCCAUGGGUCAUUUGGAAUUCUACUGGAAUUCUAGAAGGCUGAGGUGGAUUACAAAUAUGAUUUAGAUUUGAAAAUUAAAUUUUCUUCUAAUAGCUAUAGAUACACAUACACACACAUACACACCCAUUACAGGGCUUUAAUAUUUUGGCUUCGGAUAUGAACAUCUACCACCAUACCAGCUGAAGGCAGGGGAUGUUUCCCAAGUGGUGACUGGAGGAGGUGAGGAAACCAUGGAAUUCCAGACUAAUUCUGCUCACUCCCUGCCUCCCCAUUCCAAGGGCUGACCUCAGUGCCCCCAUUCCUUUACUGCUCCCACCAAAAAGAGGUACCAAAUUCUGGGAUCUUGUGAAGAUCUCACCUGAUUUACAUCCAUCCUUUGCAGUUAGAUGAAAGAAACAUUGAAGUGCACACUCGACAAAUCCUCCCGUUCCUAUCCCCCCUGUGUCCUGUCCCCCCUUCCAUUUCCACCUAGAUGCUGAUACACCACCACAUGUUUCCACAUUGGAAGGGCAGACUAAUGUGCAGUAUUGUGCAUGCAUGCUGGGUUAGGGGAUAGAGCCACCCUAAGGUCACCUCCAUGUAAGUAUGACAGCUCUAAAGAAGGUCCUUAGAGUAGUUGGCAUAGCUAUUACUUUAGAGAUGAGACUUCAGUUUAAAUACUAACUUUAAGGGAUCAUAAUUCUGCAGGUAUCUUUCCCUGAGUGACUGAAUGUGACUGUUGCAUUAGGUUAAAUGAGUUAAGAAACGCAAGUGGGAUUUACUGUAUGUUAGAAGGGAGUUUUGCAGCCAAGACUGCCUUGAAUAAAUGUGUUUGCACUGAAAAAAAAUUUUUAAAAAUUUACUUGGUCUCUGGUUGCUGUAAAGGUCAUCCAAGAUGGAUGUUCUGUUUAUAUUGUAUAGUAUUUCAUAUGAAAUAAUUACAGCUCAUGAAAUGUCUUCCCUAAUGUUACUGAUUUAUAACAGCACAUUUGUAACAUGGUUUUUAUUGUGUCUGUGUAUCAUAUUGUAAAUGAUGAUUACUUGUCAUGCUUAGUAUAAUAACUUAAAAGGAAAAAAAGGACAGGGAUUUUUGUAAGUCUAUAUUUGAAAGUCCCUCCACAUGGUAAUAUUGUGUUCAUGUUGUUUAUGUAGUGUCGUGUGAAAUAUCCAUUUUGGAUCGUGUUACUUUUUAAGAUAUUAAAUAACAUUUGGUUAUAUGUCUAA